CCCCCGUCUAAAUUUUUUACAGCAAAAUAUAAUUUAAUUUUGCUAGAUUUUCUUCUCCUCUUUAGCCUCUGACAAUGUUGUUUACUGCUUCCCGCGUUGCCGCUCGCCCUGCCGCUGCUCAAUUGAGCAAUGGUGUCCAGGCCCGUAACAUGGCUACUUUGAAAGAAAUUCAGCAGCGCUUGAAGUCUGUCCAAAACAUUGAGAAAAUCACCAACUCCAUGAAGAUGAUUGCUUCUACCAAGGUCAACAAGGCCCAAAGAGGCAUGCAAGCUGCUCGCGCUUUCGGUCAAGCUUCCAAUGCUCUCUUCACCAAUGCCGAGACCAAGGCUGCUGAAGGCUCCAAGACCUUGUACGUUACUGCUUCCGGUGACCGUGGUCUUUGCGGUGGUAUUCACAGCAGUGUUUCCAAGGCCACUCGUCGUCUUGUCGCCAAGGCCCCUGAAUCGCCCGUCGCUGUUUUGGGUGACAAGCCCAAGGCCCAGUUGAGCCGUGCCAUUCGCAAGAACUUGGUCGUGUCUUUCAACCAAAUUGGCAAAGACUUGCCUACCUUUGCUGAAGCAUGCUCUAUCGUCGAUGUGAUCAAGAGCCAAGAUAUCGAAUACGAUACUGCUGAGAUUGUCUAUAACCGUUUCAUCUCGGCCAUUUCCUAUGAAGCCGACACCAUUCCCGCUUACUCCCAGGAAGCGCUCAAGAACUCGCCCAAUUUCGCCGUCUACGAAAUUGAAGACGAUGUCCUUGCAAACCUCCAAGAAUUCAGCUUCGCCAACGCUGUUUACUGGGGUUUGACUGAAGGUCACGCCGCCGAAAUGUGUGCUAAGCGUGCUGCCAUGGAGAACGCUGCCAAGAACGCCGGUGAAAUGAUCACCAAGCUUACCAUGACCUACAACCGUGGUCGCCAGGCUGUCAUUACCAACGAAUUGAUCGAUAUCAUUACUGGUGCCUCUGCUCUUUAAAUGCGUAGAGAAAAAUAAAAAAGAUACAUUUUUCUUUGUCACUAUCCAAUAAAUCACUAAAAUUAAAAACAUAA